AUGCCACCAGCUAGAAUCAUGGAGGAAAUGUUGAAAGAGUCUAAUAAGGAAGAAAAUAACGUCAAUGAUAUUAUUCACACUGUAGCUGCAACAGAACACUCGAACUCGAAGAUAGAGCAUAUCAGUGAUGCUUCACGGAUCGAAGUUGAUUAUCUUGACACUCAUUUGCUAGUACAUUUAGACAUUGCUAUUACUCAGAACAAGAUGAUAAAGGAGAUGGCUGAUCUUAUCAUUACUGAAGUUGAAGACAGAGAUGACUAUUCAUGGAAGGUGGAUAUCUAUCAUGAAUCUUUCCAUCCGCAUCCAAACCUUUGCAUUGAGAUGCCUAACGAACUAUGGGAAGAGAUCAAAACACACUCGCAUCUUACUGUAGUGGACUUAAAAAAUCACCUUCGACGUCAAAGAUACAAUAUAUCAAAAUACUCACCCAAGCAUAUUUACUUCUGGAAGUCUAUAACAAACCAAAAGCUAUUCCAAUGUUAUGAUGACCAUAUUGAAUCUGCGUGCAAGUUGCUCACUGAACACAACAGUCAUGUCUUCCAUUGGUGUUUAGAUAUAAGAUAUUCAAAGACCACAGCUAUUGGUUUUACCACUCCAUUGCUAGAUAAAAUCCAAAAUUAUGGCAUUAAUAUUACUGAGAUAUACAUGGAUGUCACUUAUAAGACUGCACGAGGAUGCUAUGAACUGUAUG